AUGCGCCCCGACGACAUCAACCCUCGCACCGGGCUGGUGGUGGCUUUGGUCAGCGUCGUCCUGGUGUUCGGCUUCAUGUUCACGGUGUCCGGGAUCAAGGGGGAGACUUUGGGGGACAUCCCUCUGCUGGCCAUCGGGCCGGCCAUCUGCUUGCCGGGCAUCGCCGCCAUCGCCUUGGCGAGGAAAACCGACGGCUGCACCAAGUGGCCCGAUAACACGCGGCGCCCGCCUUGCGGCAGCUGCUGCUGCUGCCGCAAGAAGCCCCGAGACAAAGACGUCCUGGAGCUGCUGAGGACCCCGUCGGACCUGGAGUCUGGCAAGGGCAGCUGCGACGAGCUGGCCAAGAAAGCCUACGGAGCAAAGGACAGGAAGGGGAGCUCCCGAGGAGGAGGAGAGGACGGCCUCUCCACUUGCACGACCAUCACCACCUCCGCCGCCGUCGGGGAGGGCAGGGGCUCUCUGCACAAAGUGGAGCAGGAGGAGAAGCUGAGAUACUUGGAGAACUGCUGCCCGGAGAUGCCUGGGAAUGUCUUGGGGGCCGGAGCCACCCUUUUCAGUGCCUUAGACGAGCAGGAGAAUCAGCAGCAGGGGGAAGGAUCUCCCGUCUUCGAUGGGGCCCCCGCGCUCCCGGGCGCAGAGGACACAGUUUCCGUGGCCCCUCUGAACAGCAUCAUCGUCUGUUCCUACAAGGACAGCAGCCCUUACGACAGGUACUGUUGCUAUAUAAACCCCAGCGAGGAAAUCAGCUCGGAUCACGAGACGAUAGUUUGA